AGUCGGGGUUCGUUCACUCCGGCAGGUCUGCUUGCUUGCAAGUGGCCGUUCGCCGAGGGACUCUGGUCGCCAUGGUCUCAGACGAAGAUGAAUUGAAUCUUCUAGUUAUCAUAGUUGAUACCAACCCUAUUUGGUGGGGAAAGCAAGCAUUAAAGGAGUCUCAGUUUACUCUAUCAAAAUGCAUUGAUGCCGUGAUGGUUCUGGGAAAUUCUCAUUUGUUCAUGAAUCGUUCCAACAAACUUGCAGUGAUAGCAAGUCACAUUCAGGAAAGUCGAUUUUUAUACCCUGGAAAGAACGGCAGACUUGGAGACUUCUUUGGAGACCCAGGAAACCCUUCUUCUGAAUUUACUCCCUCAGGAAGUAAAGAUGGAAAAUACGAGUUGUUGACAGCAGCAAAUGAAGUUAUCGCUGAAGAGAUCAAAGAUCUAAUGACCAAAAGUGACAUAGAGGGUCAACACACAGAGACUCUGCUGGCAGGAUCCCUGGCCAAAGCUCUUUGCUACAUUCAUAGGAUGAACAAGGAAGUUAAAGAUAAUCAGGAAAUGAAAUCAAGGAUAUUGGUGAUUAAGGCUGCAGAAGACAGUGCAUUGCAGUAUAUGAACUUCAUGAAUGUCAUCUUUGCAGCACAGAAGCAGAAUAUUUUGAUUGAUGCCUGCGUGUUAGACUCUGAUUCAGGACUCCUCCAACAGGCUUGUGACAUCACAGGGGGACUGUACUUGAAGGUGCCCCAGAUGCCUUCCCUUCUGCAGUAUCUACUGUGGGUUUUUCUUCCUGAUCAAGAUCAGAGGUCUCAGUUAAUCCUCCCACCCCCAGUUCAUGUUGACUACCGGGCUGCUUGCUUCUGUCAUCGAAAUCUCAUUGAAAUCGGCUACGUCUGUUCUGUGUGCUUGUCAAUAUUCUGCAAUUUCAGCCCAAUCUGUACCACAUGCGAGACAGCCUUUAAGAUUUCUCUGCCUCCUGUACUGAAGGCCAAGAAAAAGAAACUGAAAAUGUCCUCAUGAUAAUAAAAAUAAUUUCCCCAUCACUUUCCCCAUCACUUUAGAGCUGGUUAUAGAAAUUAUAUGGCAGAAUCUUUGUUAGGGAGGCUCUGAAAAAAAUAGAGAUGUGUGUAAGAUAAUGAGCUUUCUUACAGGAAAUACUGUGAAACAUCAUCCUUAUCCUGUGCUGGGGGGCCGAUUUAUUUGAGGGAGUCCAUUCUAUGCAAUAUACCAGUCUUUUCUGGCUAGUUUUUGCCCAGAAAUGGGGGAAGAAAGCACAAAUUUGACUUUUUUUUUUUUUAAAUGAGAUGAUCAUUUGUCAAAGACAGUCUAUCCUGCCUGAUGGAAAGUGUCAGAACCUACUCAAGUCUGGGUCCUUACUGUGAAAUGUACAACAUGACAUUUGAACCCAGUUCUGGAGAAAAGUGACUAUUUAUGGAGUAAUGGCAUUAAUCAAGAUAGAACAUCUUACUUGAGUCAACACUUAGCUUCGACAGUAUUCAUGCAAAUAAAAUCCUCAUUUUUCUCGAUUGAGAUUUAGCUCCAGAUAUGACCAGAUAUUUAUUCUUUUGUCUGACAGUACAUGUUUGGACAAUUACUCAAAUCAAAGUUUGUCACUGAGUAUCUCUAAAAUCUGAUUUUAAAUGAGUAUGGAAAGUGAGUGCAGUAGUCGGGAAGGAACUUUUUGUUCAAAAACAGUUGUGUGAAGAGCUUAUUUGUGAAAGCCAAAGUCUGGGUUCCCAAGGUGAGUGUCUUCGGGGGAAUGCUUUCCAGCUAAGUAUUGCCCCACAUGGAAUUCAUUCCUUUUUUAGAGGAGGGGAAAAGCAUUAAUACUGGAGAAUGGUUCUCUGGAAGCUUUGGGCUUAAUACUGAAAACUUGUAUUAAUUAAAAAGAAAAAUUAUUUAUAAUUUCAACAAUAAACAACUUAUUUUUCUACGUAACCUUGAAGUUACUAAAAGUCCUUUUAAAUUCCAGCAUAGUGUAGGAAGGGUUUUCAAGAGUGGUGGCCAGUUUGGUUUGUUUUUAGAAAGUAUACUGACAGUAACCUAUAUGUGUAUACAAUGUUGUGUAUAAAUAAGAUUUUAAUUUUCUCUUGAUACCAUCUCAAAAAACUGUCUCAAAUACUUAAAUAAUUUGGUAUUUGGUUAGAUUAUUUCAGGUAGGUUUUAUAUUCUGGAUUUAUAAUUUUGUUAACAGAUAAACAAAGGUUUUGGUGGUUACUUUGCAAGUAUUUGUUAAUCUCUGAGUUGAAGAAUGUCUUUUUAAAUAAUAUUUAAUAUUUCACAGCCUAAGUGUAAUGGAGAUCACUAUUUUUAAGUCUAGGAAAUAAAACAUCAUAUAUCUAAAGAUGACAAAAUUCAGACAAGCUGAUAAGGUUUUUGUUACUACUUUUUCAUUUGAAAUGUUUUAUGAACUGGCUUAAUUCUGUUUAAAUUUUAACUGUUGUGCUUAUGGUUUAUUUUGUAUAAUUUUUAUAAUAAAAUAACUUAACUUUUCAUA